UUUUUGGUAAGAUUCCAACGGCCAAGAAUUAUUUUUUUUCAAAUCUUGGUUAAUAUCAUCUAAUAUUGGAAUAUAUUCUUAUGCCUACCUAAAAUGAAAUUACUUAAAGAUUCCUGUUUUCUUCUGCAUUUCCAAAAUUUUCUUUCUUUAUCCAAAACAAAUUCUCUUUUUCUUUUAGCCACGAAAGCCUUCUCACAAGCUGCUUCUCCAUGUAUAUUUUAAGCCUUAAGCCAAUCCAUUUUACCACAAAAAGUGUAAUGCCUCAAAGGAAAAGGGGAUUCCUUCUUCUUUACUUGGAAGGAGAGUAAAGAAAGAAAGUAGACUUAGGGAUGGCAAGAUUUUUGGGGCAAUGCCUUGUCGAGAUCCAACACGAACCAAACUGAAAGUCUUUGGUUUGAUAAGGAAAUGCGGUCGAGUCUGCCUUGUCUCAUUGUCAUCCCUACGCAAUUGAAAAUCCAAGGUAAUUGCAACUAUAAACUCUAGGAUUGGAUGUGAUGUUUGCUCAGUCAAGAAGGAAAUAUCUUAUUUGAGAAGGCAAAACCAUCCAUCCCAUAUUCCUUGUCCAACAGAAAGGUAAAAGAAAGCUAAAGAAGGAAGUUCUUAAGCAAAAGCUAAUCCAAAAGUUGGCAUGUUUCCAAAGUAUCUAAUGCCAAAUUAUAUAUUGCUUUGGACAGGAUAACUUCAAUGAUAAACCCAGCAUUCCUUUAUUGUCUGUUAUGUCACUCUCACAAUUGCGCAUUCUACUUCCUUGGCAAUCAUUAAAAGCUUCUCCUCUUCCAGAAAAUGAGUCGCCAGGACGGAGUUUUGAGCCUACAGAUGAAGUGGAAACUUCUGCAUCUGCAGCUGAUACCACGCAGAAUAUUCGGCAUCAACCAGCCCAGUCUCCUGAGAUAAAACCAGAACAGCCUCCUUUAGCAACAGCUCUGGCACCUGAAAGAAGUGAAACUAUGCCACCUUCAAAAUCUCACAAGGCAGGCAAAGUUCAUUCUCAGCCACCACCGAAUUCCCGAGCCAAAAACCGAUCCCGAACAGCUUCCAAGCCUUCACCACCAUCGAAAGCAAUCCCUCAAUCUUCAGUUGCUUCCAACAAGUCUCCUUCAACGUCAGGCAAAGACUCCCUAUCUCAAGAUACUUCAAAGCCUUCAUCACCAGCAGGCAAAUCCUCUCGUUCUCAAGAUGCUUCUUCAAAGCCUUCAUCACCUGCAGCAGUUGCAGCUACAGCUCCUCGAUCCCGGAUUACUUCAAAGCCAUCGUCUCCAUCGUCUUCGUCGUCUCCAUCAUCUCAAACAUCCAGUAAAAACCAUCCAAAACCAUCGUCACAAUCAAGAUUUAAAGCCGAUUCUCAACCUUCAUCUUCAAGGUCAGCAUUUCCAUCUCAAGAUUCGUCUCUGCCACCACGGUUGCCAUCUCUAGAAAAUUCUCGACAACCAUCAGAAAGAACCUCUCGGGUUCAGUCUCCAUCUCAUUUUUCCAGUAAACCAACUGCACAAUCAACAUCACAACAGCCUAAUGAGUCUCCUGCAGUCAUUGGAAUUCAAAGCCAUCCAAAUUCAAAACCAUCAUCACAAUCAAGAUUUAAAGCUGAUUCGCAGCCUUCAUCAUCUUCAAGGUCAGCAUUCUCAUCUCAAGAUUCUUCUAUGCUACCAUGGUCGCCAUCUCGAGAAAAUUCUCGCCAACAACCAUUGGAAAAAACCUCUCGAGUUCAGUCUCCAUCUCAUUUGUCCAGUAAACCUGCACAAUCCACAUCACAACAGCCUAUUGAAUCUCCUGCAGCCAUUGGAAACCAAACAACAAAUGAAACCAUUUCUCAUCCCACAAAUCAAUCCCCAAAAGCAAGACCUACAAGCAGAGAAAGUCAGAUGCAAACCAAAUCAAAGCAGUCCCUGAAACCAAACACGAAACAAGUGGAGUUGAAAGCAUCAAAAAAUAAGUCUGAAACCAAGGAAGAGCUCUCAUCUAAGAACACUUCCAAUCCCCAUUCAAACCAGGACUCUUUUGAAAACCCAACAAAAUCAGAUCAAACCAUAGAAAAUAGCUUAGAUUUCUCCCUAGAAUCUCAAGCAGAGUCAAGAGAAACUGAGGAAGAAUUGGCAAAGACAACCAAUGCACUUCAAACCAAAGCAUCCAGAAGCACAUUAAUCACAUCUUCCAAAAUCCAUCCAUCGUUUGAACCAGAACAACAGGAAGAAUCCAUGGACGACUCAUCCAAAGCUUUUCAGAAACUAAACAUCAAAUAUUCAGACGAAGAAAAUCCAAAGAGUUUCACAACACUGAUCGGCCAAAACAAAGGAUCGUCAAUGCACUUAGUCUCCGGCGAAGCCAAAAGCGAAAGCUCAAUCCACAUCCACCGUCAGUACAAAAGCAAUCCAGAUCAAAGCCCUAAAUGUUCAACAGAAAUCGAAGGAAAUUUCAUUAACGAAACACAGGAAGAUUCAAGAACAGAAGAGAAUCCACCGUCAGUGGAAAUAUAUAUCAACCUCAAUGUACAAGGUAUCAACAACUCAAUCAUGUGCAAUACCUCAUUUACAGAGAAUGAUCCAGGAAUCAAGUUGAAACUUUCUCGAGAAACAAUAAAAUCUGAAGAUGAAUUAGAGUCUCAUCACGCUAGAAAAGCAGAGUACAGUGCGAAACCUGCCGAGAAGGUUACGUAUGAGCCCAGAGUAAGACGAAGAUGCCUCAGAGGGAUGUUAAUGGAGUCGAGCGAUUCUGAGGUCGAGAAUCCAGGAAAGUCCAGACGCCAUGGCUGCCGGUACGGUCUUAGUAGCAAAGGAAAAGAGGUCGAAACUCUGUAAUGAAGAAGAUCUUCCAGCAUCAUUCGUAACAACGGAGAAAUAUUCAAACGCAGAAAAGAAAUUGAGGUGUGUAUGUAUAUAAUGAAUUUGAAACUUGCGUGCGAUAUCUAUAUUCAAAAUCAAUGAAGCUUUGAUUGUAAUAUGAACUGAAAUUUUCCAUGAAAAUCAGGUUCAUGUUUACAAAUAUUUGACCAA